GGCCGGGGACUGUCAGCGCCCACUCUCUGAGGGAAGGUAACUUUAUGCUGCUCCCCAAAUGGGACACAAAGUGGUCGUGUUUGACAUCUCUGUUGUCAGAGCCUUGUGGGAAACUCGCGUCAAGAAGCACAAAGCAUGGCAGAAGAAGGAGGCGGAAAGGCUGGAGAAGAGCGCCCUGGAGAAGAUAAAGGAAGAGUGGGACUUUGUGGCUGAGUGCCGGAGGAAGGGUGUGCCGCAGGCCCAGUACUGCAAGAACGGCUUCGUAGACACCAGCACAAGGCUCCUGGAGAAGAUAGAGAGGAACUCAGUCGCCAGUCAUAGAGUCAAGGACAGAGACAAGCGGAGCAGUCCAUUUGUGUUUGAACUUUCAGGGGAGCAAUGGAAGGAGCUGCCUGAUUCGCUGAAGGAGGAGACCCACCUCAAAGAGUGGCACAUUCGCAGCACCCUCAUUCAGACCAUUCCUCCGUUCAUCAAGCUGUUUCAAGCGAUGAGAAUUUUGGAUUUGCCAAAAAACCAAAUCACAUGUCUUCCAGCUGAAAUCGGGUGCUUAAAGAACCUGAAAGAACUCAACGUGAGUUUCAACCAUCUGAAGAGCAUCCCCCCGGAGCUGGGAGACUGUGAGAAUCUAGAGAGACUGGACUGUUCUGGGAAUCUGGAUCUGACGGAGCUCCCCUUUGAAUUGAGUAACUUGAAGCAAGUUACAUUUGUAGAUAUCUCAGCAAACAAGUUCUCCAGCAUCCCCAUCUGUGUCCUGCGGAUGUGUCGUCUGCAGUGGUUGGACAUCAGCAGCAAUAACCUGAGUGACCUGCCGCAAGAUAUAGACAGGCUAGAAGAGCUGCAGAGCUUCCUCCUGUAUAAAAACAAGCUGACCUACCUUCCCCAAACCAUGCUCAACCUCAAAAAACUCACCCUGCUGGUUGUCAGUGGAGAUCACCUGGUGGAGCUCCCGACUGCCCUCUGUGAUGCCUCAACGCCUUUGAAAUUUAUAAGCCUUAUGGACAAUCCUAUUGAUAAGACCCAUUGUGAAGACAGUGAGGAAACAGUAGAAAGUGAACAGGAUCGCCAGCAUUUUGAUAAAGAAUUUAUGAAAGCAUAUAUUGAAGAUCUUAAAGAAAGAGAAGCAGUUCCUAGUUACACCACCAAAGUGUCAUUUAGCCUUCAACUUUGAUCCUAUCCCCGAGAAGACCACAAAAUCUACUGCCCUAUGCUCUAAAUCUUUGUAUAUGUGUUACUUCUUGUGGCCUGUCCCUAAGGGCAAAGUCUAGAAGCUACCAUCAUCAGUGUUAAGAAUA